UUGCUUGUGCCGCUUCGGUGGGUUGUUUCCUCAUACUCUCUGCGGGCGCAGCGUUCUCUCCUCUCCCUCCACGCCAUUGCACUACUUCGUUGAGGUAGCCAUUGUCUUCGUCCUCGAGCUCGCCGUUGUCCGUAGUCUUCUUGAGCCACCCUCGUGUCUGGCACCCGGCUUUCGUUCUUUAAGCCAACAUCGUCUCUUUCUGCUUCGGCUUCCAGAGCGACCCUCGUCUCCUUUAUCUCCGGUGUUUAGAAAUGGGUUGAGAGUUAUGAAUAUCUCCUGAAAUUGCUUUCUAAUAACAUUUAAUGACCAUGCGGGGCUAUUCUUCACUAUGAUUUUUGGUUGAAGCUUUACCAGUGGCUUGUCUAUGCUUUUGAUUGUUUGAUUAUGGGAUUCUUUGUCCUGCAAGUUUGGAUGAGUCUUAUGAAGGCUAUGUGAACCUGCCUUGUACAGAAGUUUCGGAGAUGAACAGGCCAACAUUGCUCCUUUUUCUGUGUCUAGUUACGAGGGAGUGGAAAGGGGAUUGGCAGGAAAGAACGACGAAUUAGGCAGCACUUGAACACUCUAUGAUAUACAGUAUACUAACAAGAAUUGAAGCCAUUGACAAAAAUGCUGGCAGCUCGAAAACUUUCACUUUCUAGACUUAAGCCGCUUGCCACUUUAUCACUCUUUUCUGAGUCUAGCAACCAUGCCCAUUCAAGUUCUUUCUCACUUUUAGUUCUUUAUUCAAAACCCUAUGGCCAAAACUUUGGAAAAUGCUUACAUCCGUCAAUCAAUUUGUUUAGGCAUUUCUCGUCAGCAUCUACACAAACUUUGCUUCUCUCUCGAGAUGGUAAUUAUGAUGAAGGCGCAUCGCAAUCUCUUCUUAUCUGCCCCGGUUGUGGGGUUUAUAUGCAGGACUCCAACCCAAAGCACCCUGGUUUUUUUAUUAAACCCUCUCAGAAGGACCUGAGCUAUAGGUUGUAUACCCAUCUUGAACAUGUUGCACAAGUGCCUGAAUUUUCCAACUCUAUCAAAAGGGGACUCGUUAUUGAGCCUGAAAAGCUUGAUGGUGAUGGCAAUUUGAAUGUGAGACCGGACAAGCCAGUGGUCUGUGCACGAUGCCACUCGUUGAGGCACUAUGGGAAGGUGAAGGAUCCAACAGUGGAAAAUUUGCUUCCAGAUUUUGACUUCUAUCAUACGGUGGGGAGGAAGCUGGCUUUGACAACGGGGUCCCGGUCGGUGGUUGUGAUGGUUGUAGAUGCAACAGAUUUCGAUGGGUCAUCAAGGAAGAUUGCAAAUUUAGUAUCUAAAACAAUUGAUGAUAACUCUUCUGCAUGGAAGCAAGGCAAAUCAGGAAAUGUGCCUCGGGUGGUGCUUGUGGUAACAAAGAUUGACUUACUUCCUGGUUCUUUGUCACCAACAGGAUUAGAGCAUUGGAUUAGGCAAAGAGCAAGAGUGGGUGGAGUGAAUAAGAUUACUAGCAUGCACAUGGUGAGUGCACUGAAAGAUUGGGGACUGAAGAAUUUUGUGGAUGAUAUUAUUGGUUUGGCUGGGCCUAGAGGGAAUUUAUGGGUUGUUGGAGCACAGAAUGCGGGAAAGAGUACAUUAAUAAAUUCCAUCGGAAAGCAUAUUGGAAGGAGGAUAACACAUCUGACAGAAGCACCUAUACCAGGGACUACGCUGGGGAUUAUUAGAGUGGAAGGUAUUUUAGCAGGUCAGGCGAAAUUGUUUGACACACCUGGCCUCUUGCAUCCUUCUCAGAUCACAACAAGGUUGACAAGGGAAGAGCAGAAGCUCGUGCACAUUGGCAAGGAGUUGAAACCUAGGACAUAUAGAAUCAAGGCUGGUCAAUCGAUUCACGUGGCUGGUUUAAUGAGAUUGGAUAUAGAAGAAACAUCCCUGGAUUCUGUUUAUGUCACGGUCUGGGCAUCUUCUUUACUUCCAUUGCAUAUGGGUAAAGUAGAAAAUGCAUAUAAAAUGUUGCAGGACCAUUUUGGGCGCCAGCUGCAGCCACCAAUAGGGGAGAAACGAGUUCAAGAGCUGGGGAGUUGGGUGAGACGAGAAUUCCAUGUGAGUGGGAACAGUUGGGACUCAAGUUCUGUAGACGUUGCCGUUGCUGGCCUUGGCUGGUUUGCCAUUGGACUGAAAGGGGAUGCAGUAGUAAGCGUUUGGACAUAUGAAGGAAUAGAUGUUGUCCUUCGCAAUUCUUUGAUUCCUCAUAAAUCUCAAACCUUCGAAGUUGCCGGCUUCACUGUGUCCAAGAUUGUCUCCCAUUCCGACCGAGCUUUAAAUAAGCCACGCCAACCAAGUGACCGAGGUGUCUGUGUGGGAGAAAGUUGAGUUAUCAUCACGUUUUGGGAGAUCAGGAAUCGUAUCUAAACCUUUGAGCUGGAAAGCUGACGUGCUGUGUGCCAAAUAUUUCGGCUACAUGAAAGGAAGAUGCUUUGCAAGGGCAAUGUUAUUGCAGUUUUAUCUCUAUAAGAUUCCGACCACAAAAGCAUGUCAUCUGGCAAAUAUUUAUUGUUCUGUCAGAUUGAGAAAAUUUUGCCUCUAUAAUUUUUUUCUCAUUCAAAUCUCCUUCUGCAAACAGCAACCUGGGUUUUGAAACGAUGGGUCUUAGUGUUAAACCCCCCCGCCCUUCUUUUCCUUUCUUUCUAUUUAACUGGCGGACUAUUUUAUUAGUGUAUCUGUUUUGUCGUCCUGUUCUACUGGUGGGAAAUUUUACAGAAAAGGAUUUUCCUAAAAUUGAUAGCUAAAA